CUCUCUCUCUCACUCACUCACUCACACUCUCUCUCUCUCUCUCUCUACCUUUUUGAUUGUCAUCAUCUUCUCUCAGCGCGCGGCAGAGUCGCGUCAGUUCUUCUCUUAUGGCUCAGCGCUGCGCUUCUCGCUUCAGACUGGAGUAACUUUCUUCUUCUUCAUCAUCAUCAGUGACAGUCUGACCGAUGGAGGAAAAAACACAUGAAGUGAAAGAUUCUCCAUUUUCCAUCAAGAACCUGCUGAACAAACCCGACAAACCCCGAGCUCACAUGCAUCUCCCGGAUCUCAGCUUCCUGCGGCUCGGACCCUGGUGCUGCGCGAGCGGACACCCGAACACACCCGCGGCAGGUCGAGUCAGAGACUCCACAGAAGCGGAGGAUCCGGACCCUAAAGAGGAGGAUGAGGAGGUUCUUCUGGAGGACUCGGACUCAGACGAGCAGAAGAAACUCUGCCGCAAGAAGAAGACCAGAACCGUGUUUUCCCGCGCUCAGGUGUUCCAGCUGGAGUCCACCUUCGACCUGAAGCGCUACCUGAGCAGCUCGGAGCGCGCGGGGCUCGCGGCGGCGCUGCAUCUGACCGAGACGCAGGUCAAGAUCUGGUUCCAGAACCGCAGGAACAAGUGGAAGAGACAGAUCGCAGCCGAGCUCGAGGCCGCGAACCUCAAUCACGCGCAGAGGAUCGUGCGCGUGCCCAUCCUGUACCACGAGCACGCGGAGAGCGCGCGCGCCGCGUCUGACCUUCACGCGCGCACUUUAUUACCCGCAUUCGCUGAUCAGACCCGUGUGAGGCUCGAACCUGGUGCCGCGGCGCAGCGGUACGAGAGACUCAACCGGAACUUACUAACUAACUAACUAACUAACCAACCCAUGAGAGAGUUAAUCAUCUGAUCCAGGAGUUAAACUCUCAGUCAGGACCGAGCUAAAAACAAAGGUUUUUUUGUUUGUUUGUUUUUUUUGCUUUGUUGAGGAAGAGCACUUGGUUCAGCAAAUGACAGGUGCAGCUGUACAUUAUUAUUAUUAUUAUUAUUAUUAUUAUUAUUAUUAUUAUUAUUAUUAUUAUUAUUUUCCCAUAUCUCUCUUUUCCGCCGAAAUGCCGCACUAAAGUGAAUCAGUCUCGUUCUUGUGUUUGUGUUUCAUGACAUUCAGUAAAUUAAGGGAAGGCUGGAAAAACAAUUUUUUAUGUUUAUUUUUUCCGUGUAUUUUAUUAUUUUUACAUGCAGUUACAUUUCAGGACUCCAGUGUUGCUCAACUGAAUUUAGUUGUUAUUGACUUUAUUUCUUAGUCUGAAUGCACUAGUAAAUAUCUAUUUUAUUGUCUGACAAACACCUGAACAUUUUAAAUUAUGAACCAUGUUUGUGAAAUAAUCGGUCUGGGGUUUUAGAGGAUUUUUAUAUGAUCAUGAAUAAAUGUUCAUUAUUGAAUGUGUUUGUGAUUCUGAAGAUGUGACUUAA